AGAGUGACCUGUGGGCAUAUUCAGAUUCCGAGAGUGAUGAUGACCUGUGUCAAGACCUUUGUCAAGAUGAAAGUAACUGUGAUUGGGAGGAAUUUCGUAAAAUCACUGACAUGGAAGAAGUAGAAGACCGAGAAUUUGAAGAACUUAUUGCCCCACAAGACAAUAGUCCAAUCAUUUACAAGCCUCAACUAAUUGAUUGAGUUGUUGUCCAAUUCCCAUUGAAGAAAUCAGUGUCUCAUUUUGUUGGGCAAAUUACAAGUUUUUACGACACAGAACCACAAGUAGACGUAGUUAUGCAGAAAGCAUCCAACCCACAAAAAUUGAAAAAUUGAUGUUUUGACUUAUCAUGACUUCUUAUACACAUAGGAAGGUUUUGCAGAAAGAAUCCAACCCACAACUCACUUCUCUCAUCUUAUAGAAGCCAACAUUCUAACCCCAAAACGGAGAAAGAAUGAUUAUAAGUUUCACAGAAAACAUCCAAAGCACUUGGUAUGGGUUAACUGCUUGCGAGCAGUUUACAGGAGAAAUCCAACCCACUUGGAUGGUUUGUGCAAAACAAGAUUUGCUCGUAGAACAGCUGCCGAGUGGGUUGGUAGUAUUCUGCAAUUCUCAUUUCCGGCCAUACGGAUUGUAUUUUAUACCAAACCAACUACAGAAGCUCUUCAAAACAAAACACUCGGUUCACUUCACUUUGCUUCCACAAUGUUUGAAAGCAGAGCAGAAAAAAUUGCAAAAUUGUUGGAGCUCAGAAAAGAUGGAGAUUCUGAAUUGCAUCAGGAAUUGGGAAAAAAAUGAAACUCCGCAAGAAUUGAAUAGCAAUGUCACUAGAGCAUAUGCAGACGACAAUACAUUCAACAAAAUAAUGAUAGAAGAAGAUGGCCAAGAAGUUGGAGGAGAUUCUGAAUUGCAUCAGGAAUUGGAAAAAAAUGAAACUCCGCAAAAAUUAAAUAGCAAUGUCACUAGAGCAGACGCAGACGAUAAUACAUUCAACAAAAUAAUGAUAGUAGAAGACGGCCAAGAAGUUGGAGGUAUUUCAGAAUCACUUGCGGAAUCAAAUAGCAAUAUGAAUUAUUAUUGCACAGAUGCAGAUGAAAAUACACUGAACAAAAUAGUCAUGGGUGAACUCUGCCAAGAAAUUGGAGGUAUUUCUGAACUACACGAGGAAUCAAAUAACAAUAUAGUUUGCACAGAUGAAGAUGAGAAUACAAUAAUCACUAUUGUCAUAAAUGGGAACUGCCAAGGAGGAUCAGAAACUUCGGAAUCAGCCAAUGCGGAAGCUUCAACAGAGAGUGACUUCAAUGCAGAGGUUUCUGAGAUCAUUAUCAAUGAAGACAGUGAUAUGGGAACUGGUGAUGUUACUGGAAGUGGGUGCCAACUGGAUAUGGGAGAAGAAGAACCAUGUAAUCCAAGAAAUGGAAGGCCAGCAAAAGGUAGGAAAAGAAAGCAUGAAAAUGAGACAAGAGAGAGCAGGAAGAAGAAGAAAAAUAGCAAUAGUCCCUAUAUAAAUUACAAGGACAAAUUGAUAGACAAAAAAGUGUGGAAGUUGCUCCAGCUGCUGAUGCAGCAUCUCAUGGUCAUCGCGGUCGCACUCGCAGACGCCUCCGUCGGGAACGAGGACGUGGACGAGUUGGCCCAUCAGUAG